CGCGCCUUCGAGAAAAGCCGGUCCCGAGCAACUGCGAAGUUACUCUCGCCGGUGAACACGAACGGAUCCCAAUUCCUCCACUCCUGGCGUUGCAUUCGGCCACGGCGCCGUAAGAUAACGCCCGGUGCCCGCAGGCAGCGCAGGGAACCUAGCGGUCAAGUUGUGCCGGGACCCGGGGCGGCUGCGGCUUUCCGAGGGGCUCGGACGCCCGGAGCAGACAGAGCAGCCGCACGGCCCGGGCAGAGGUCAGAUGCGCGGAGGGUGCACCUGCACCGGGCGGGGCUGCGGGUCCCAGCGCGCCGACUGACGGUGGGCCCUAGGGACCUGCCCACCCACCCGCAGCGUCUCUCUUUAAAACAAGCCACCACCCAUUCCGGCCCCGCUCCUCGGCCGCAAGAGCGGCCCCGAACAAGAAUGGCGGGCAGCGGGGCGGAAGCGCUUCCGCCCCCACCCAAGAUGGCUGCCGGGCGGGCCUCCGGGCGGAAGUGACCUGUCGGGAGGCUGACGGGUCCAUCAUGGCGGCCGCGGCCACCUCCCCCGCGCUGAAGCGGCUGGAUCUGCGCGACCCCGCGGCGCUUUUCGAGACACACGGAGCGGAGGAGAUCCGCGGACUGGAGCGCCAGGUUCGGGCCGAGAUCGAGCACAAGAAAGAGGAGCUGCGGCAAAUGGUGGGAGAGCGGUACCGCGACCUGAUCGAGGCGGCCGACACCAUCGGCCAGAUGCGCCGCUGCGCCGAGGGGCUGGUGGACGCCGUGAGGGCCACCGACCAGUACUGCGCCCGUCUCCGCGAGGCCGGCUUGACAGCCCCCCUACCGUCGCGGGACCCGCAGCCCCAGCAGCCGUCCCAGGAGAAGUUCUACAGCAUGGCUGCCCAGAUCAAGCUCCUCUUGGAAAUUCCCGAGAAGAUCUGGAGCUCCAUGGAGGCCUCUCAGUACUUGCACGCCACGCAGCUGUACCUGCUCUGCGGUCACCUGCACGGCCUGCUCCAGCUGGACUCUUCUGGCUCUCGAUACAGCCCCGUCCUCUUGCGAUUCCCCAUACUCAUCCGGCAGGUGGCAGCGGCCAGCCACUUCCGGUCGACUAUUCUGCAUGAAAGCAAGCAGCUGCUCAAAUGCCACGCCGUGUCUGACCAGGCUGUGGCCGAGGCCCUGUGCUCCAUAAUGCUCUUGGAAGAGAGCUCCCCUCGCCAAGCCCUCACAGACUUCCUGUUGGCCCGAAAGGCAGCCAUUCAGAAACUUCUCAACCAGCCACAGCACGGUUCUGGCAUCAAGACUCAGAUUUGCUCGUUGGUGGAGCUGCUGGCCACCACGCUGAACCAAGCUCAUGCUCUUUUCUACACGUCACCGGAAGGGCAGCUGCCAGACCCGUCCCUGCCGUGCGGCCUGCUCUUCUCAACUCUAGCGACCAUCACAGGCCAGCAUCCCCCCGGGAAGGGCGCCGGCGUCCUGCAAGAGGAGGUGAAGCUGUGCAGCUGGUCCAGACACCUGCCGGCAUCCGUCACUGGGUUCCAGCCGGCUCUCCGGACCCUGGCGCAGCCCAUCAGCCAGGAGCACCUGAAGGACACACUGCAGAAGUGGAUCCACAUGUGCAACGAAGACAUUAAAAACGGGAUCACCAGCCUGCUGUCGUACGUGAAGAGCAUGAAGGGCCUCGCGGGGACCCGGGACGCCGUGUGGGAGCUGCUGACCAGCGAGGCCUCCGGGCACAGCUGGGAUGGCGUAUGUCACCGGCUCCUGGAGAAGCCGCUCUUGUUCUGGGAGGAUCUGAUGCAGCAGCUGUUCCUGGAGCGGCUACAGACCCUGACGAAAGAAGGCUUCGACUCCAUCUCCACCGGCUGCAAGGAGCUCCUCGUGUCAGCCCUGCAGGAGCUCGAGAGCAACCCCGGCACCUCCGCUGCAAACAAGCACAUCCACCUGGAGCACAACAUGGCUCUCUUCCUCUGGUCCGAGAGUCCCCAGGACCUGACUCCCGACACCGCCUGGGUCAGCGUGGCGCACCGGGGGCAGUGUGCUGGCAGCGGGCUCUCCAUGAAGGCGCUGGCCGUCAGCCCCUGCGUCCAGAACUUCUGCUCUGCCCUGGAUUCGAAACUGCAGGCUCAGCUGGACGACCUCCUGGCUUACCUUCCCUGUGCAGACCCGUCACUGCCCAAGGAUGUCCCCCCUGCGCAAGCCAAGAGCCGCACCUUUGACAGGUACGCGGACGCCGGGGCCGUGCAGGAGCUGCUGCGGGCUCAGUCGGCAGCGUGCAUUGCACGUGUCACGGACUGCAUCGGGGCAGAGCUGCGCAGCAUCGAGCAGGCGGUGCAGGGGCAGCGGGACGUCCUCAACAGUGUCCAGCUGCACGCGGUCCUUUUCAUGGCCAGACUCUGCCAGUCGCUGGCAGAGUUGUGUCCCCAUCUGAAACAGUGCAUCUUGGGGAAGGCCGGGAGCUCCGAGAAACCAGCAAGGGACCCCAGGGCUCUGAAAAAGCAGGGAAAGGGGAAACCCCAGGAAGUGCUUCCCACGCAGGCCAAGUGGCAGGAGGUCACUGAGCUGCUCCUGCAGCAGAGCGUGACGGGCUACCGUGUGUGGAGCUCCGCGGUCGUGAAGGUUUUGGCUCAUGGAUUCACCCAGUCAUUGCUCCGGGACGAUGCCGGCUCCAUCCUGGCCACCGCCACCAGCUGGGAUGAGCUAGACAUCCAGGAGGAGGUGGAGUCUGGCGGCAGCGUCACGUCCACCAUCCGACUCCCUACACAGCCAUCCUGGUACGUCCAGUCCUUCCUCUUUAGCCUCUGCCAAGAAAUUAACCGGGUUGGAGGCCACGCUUUGCCAAAGGUGACCCUGCAGGAGAUGUUGAAAAGCUGCAUGGUCCAAGUGGUGGCUGCCUAUGAGAAGCUUUCAGAAGAGAAACAGGUGAAGAAAGAAGGUGCAUUCCCAGUGACCCAGAACCGGGCCCUGCAGCUGCUCUAUGACUUGCGCUACCUCGGCAUUGUGCUGACAGCCAGGGGGGAGGAGGUGAAGAGUGGCCGUGGCAAGCAGGACUCCAGAGUUGGGAAAGUGGCCGACUAUCUGGAAACCCUCAUUGACCCAUUUGACCUGGACGUUUUCACACCGCACCUCAACAGCAACCUCACUCGGCUGGUGCAGCGGACUUCCGUUCUCUUUGGGUUGGUCACUGGCACAGAUAAUCAGUUCACUCCCAGGAGCAACACCUUCAACUCCCAAGAACCCCAUAACAUCCUGCCCUUGGCAUCGAGUCAGAUCAGGUUCGGACUUCUUCCGCUGAGCAUGACAAGCACCCGGAAGGCCAAACCGACCGGCAGAAGCAUUGAAACAAAAACACAGCUUCCCAUUCACUGGUGCUUUUCAACUCACGUGAGCCUCAAAAGACCAAAGGACUCCUGCUCACUGCACACAUGCUCCCUUCCUGGGUCAUGAAGUGGAUUCUAACUCCACUGCGGAAUCUGGAGCCAAUUUAUAUUCUGAUUCUCAGGCAUCACGACUGUAAAGAGAGGGCAAAUGAUCAACACAGACCGGCCGUGCCUCUGAGCUAACGUAAACCUCACUCGGCAGGAUGGACACACAGACCCGAGGAAAGAACACUGGUGUGGAUGCGGUGAAAGCAGUCACUGCGCGCCGUCUGAAUCGACUUCUAAUCCAAAAGAAUGGCAACUCCAUUACUGUCACAGGAUCAUCAACGGAUGCUCACGGACGCCCCUAAUCUCUGCUUUCCUGGCACCCUCCAGUCAUCACGUGACACACAAGCUCAAUGACUUUUCUGUGAAUCAGUUUUAAAAACCUAAGUGAAAGGAAAAAGAGCAGGACAGAAGACUCUUCGAAGGGGGAAGGAAGUCACAGAAGCUCCGGUCUCCACACAGAAGGUUCUGAUCUUCACCUGUUCAUUAACUGCCCCUAAACACGAACGGCCUGCUAGAGUUAACAGACUUCUUCCUCUGG